AUGGCCACCCCCAGUGUCCUCGCUUUUGACGCAGAGGGUCGAGCCAUUGACUUUGAGGUCUCGGUCGACGACCUGCAGCUGUUCUUACAGUGCGAUAGGGCGGACGGUCUUUCUCUCUUUGACCUCACCUCUGGCGCCUCUCCUGCCCCUGCUGCUGAUGCUGACCCCACUGCCCUCCUGGCAGCGGAGAAGAGCAUCGUCGCUGUAGGAGCUUCUCGUGGUGACCCUUGCACCCCCAUCUUUGAGGGGUGUUCUCCUUCCCCCCUGCUGCCCUCUGUUGCCUCUGCUGCUGCCGCCGACCUGCUUGGCCUUGAGUCGGUCGGCGCGGCGUCUGCCCCUAGCGGGAGACGCCGCCCUGGCAAGGGCAAGGGGGGCAAGGGCGCGGGUGGAGCUGGCGGGGGCGGUGGAGGUGGCGGUGGAGCGGGCGGAGGGAGUGGGGGUGGCGGUGGGAGUGGUGGCGGGGGUGGCGGUGGUGGUGGCAGUAGCGGAGGCGGAGGCGGUGGCGGCGGCGGUGGUGGCGGAGGCGGAGGCGGCGGUGGUGGCGGAGGUGGAGGCGGUGGUGGCGGAGGGGGUGGAGCUGGUCGGGGUGGUGCCCCGCAGCGGAGCGGCUCUGGUGGUGGUCAGCGCCAGCAGCAGCAGCAGCAGCAACAGCAACGUUCUCGGGACAUCCCCCCGCCUCAGCAGCUCCGUGAGUGGUACACGCAGCGUCAGCGUGGUGGGGGCUUUGGUCCGUCCUACGUCCUCCGUUCCGGCGACCGCGCGGCUAUCUUUGAUCUUAUCCUUCCUGCCAUGUAUGCUGUGACUAUUAGUGAUGAGGGUGACUGUUACCGGUGUUUCCCGCCCGACCCGGGCAUUGGUACUGCUGCGCUAGGUGCUUGUGAGGCUGCUGCUUUAGGUGCCAGUGCGUCUGCGCUCUCAGGUACUGGUGAGGCUGCGCUCUCAGGUACUGCGCCGGCUUCGGCCUCCCUCACCUUCACACUUGACUCCGGGGCUUCUCGCUCCUUCUUUCAAGACCGCACCACACUCACGCCACUUGGUCGGCCGGUUGCAGUCUCCCUGGCUGACCCCUCUGGGGGUCCUGUCCUCUCUCACUUCUCCACUGUCCUUCCGUGUCCGGCUGCCCCCUCGGGCACCCUGUCUGGUCUGUACCUCCUCUCGUUCUCGACGAACCUAGUGAGUGGUGCUGACCUACAGGAUGCGGGGGCUCACCAGUUUACUCCUGCGAGUCAGCGGGUGACCCACUGCUCAGAUGCCCGUACAGGCCGACACCUGGCCACGUUCUCGCGUCGGCCAGGGUCGAGUCUCUACACCCUGACCACUGAGUCUCCUCCUGUCCCUGCGUCUGGCCAGGUAGCUGCGUCGUGUCAGGUGUUUGCUGCUUCGUCCCGGACCUUCCUGUAUCCCCUGUGUCGAGGGGCGGCUCCGGGCUGCCCCUCACUCCUCCCAGUUUCCCCCGACAGAGGCUCCUCUGCAGACGCUUCACAUGGACGUGUGGGGCCCGGCCCGCGUCCGUGGACAGGGUCACGAGCGCUACUUCCUGCUGGUGGUUGA